GUCUCCGCCACUGCGCAAGUGCGGAAGCGCCUUCCGGCGUGGCUUUGGGCUCGCUGGGCUCGCGGUUGGUGUUAGGUCCUACCUAGAAGGGCUUCUUAGUUUAUCAUUCGGGGCUCGCGGCUGUGCAGGCACAGCAGCUGCACAAAAAAGAUGGGAGAGGAGGCCAAUGAUGACAAAAAGCCAACAACUAAAUUUGAAUUAGAGCGAGAGACAGAACUUCGCUUUGAGGUGGAGGCAUCUCAGUCAGUUCAGUUGGAGCUGCUGGCUGGCAUGGCAGAAAUCUUUGGCACAGAGCUGACCCGAAACAAGAAAUUCACCUUUGAUGCUGGUGCGAAGGUGGCUGUUUUCACUUGGCAUGGUUGUUCUCUACAGCUGAGUGGCCGCACCGAGGUGGCAUAUGUCUCCAAGGACACCCCUAUGUUGCUUUACCUCAACACACAUACAGCCUUGGAGCAGAUGCGGAGGCAGGCGGAGAAGGAAGAAGAGCGAGGCCCCCGGGUGAUGGUAGUGGGCCCCACUGAUGUGGGCAAGUCCACAGUAUGCCGUCUGCUGCUCAACUAUGCAGUGCGUUUGGGCCGCCGACCCACUUACGUGGAGCUGGAUGUGGGCCAGGGCUCUGUGUCUAUCCCUGGUACCAUGGGGGCCCUCUACAUUGAGCGGCCAGCAGAUGUCGAAGAGGGAUUCUCUAUCCAAGCCCCUUUGGUAUAUCAUUUUGGCUCAACCACUCCUGGCACCAACAUCAAGCUUUAUAAUAAGAUUACAUCUCGUUUAGCAGAUGUGUUCAACCAAAGAUGUGAAGUGAACCGAAGGGCUUCUGUUAGUGGCUGUGUCAUUAACACCUGUGGCUGGGUCAAGGGCUCUGGUUACCAGGCCUUGGUGCAUGCAGCCUCAGCCUUUGAAGUGGAUGUGGUUGUGGUUCUGGAUCAAGAACGACUGUACAAUGAACUGAAACGGGACCUCCCUCACUUUGUGCGCACUGUGCUGCUCCCUAAAUCAGGGGGUGUGGUGGAGCGCUCCAAGGACUUCCGGCGGGAAUGUAGGGAUGAGCGUAUCCGUGAGUAUUUCUAUGGAUUCCGGGGCUGUUUCUAUCCCCAUGCCUUCAAUGUCAAGUUUUCAGAUGUGAAAAUCUACAAAGUGGGGGCACCUACCAUCCCAGACUCCUGUUUGCCUUUGGGCAUGUCUCAGGAAGACAAUCAGCUCAAGCUAGUACCUGUCACCCCUGGCCGAGAUAUGGUACACCACCUCCUGAGUGUUAGCACUGCUGAGGGCACAGAGGAGAACCUUUCUGAGACUAGUGUGGCUGGCUUCAUCGUGGUGACCAGUGUGGACCUGGAACAUCAGGUGUUUACCGUUCUCUCUCCAGCCCCCCGCCCACUGCCUAAGAACUUCCUUCUCAUCAUGGAUAUCCGGUUCAUGGAUCUACGCUACGGCUCCAAGGCUCGCGCCCGCUCUUUCCUCUUCAUCCUGGGCCUUUGGCAGGAGCAUCGCCCCACACUGGCUCUUCCAGACCCGACGAGCGCCGCCGAGCGGGAGCGCGCGGAGCAGGGCGGGCGUGGAGCGUGCGGGGGCCGCGCGCUGCUUCUCAGAGGCCGGACGGCACUGCUGGGAGGCGGCAGCGACGACGACGGCGGCGGUGACGGGAACCGCGCCGGGGGUGAGUAUCGGGGACACCGGCCCCUGCGGAACCGGAAGUGCAGGGCCAGUGAGAUGGGAGGGGAGAGUGACCUCUAG